AAUUUCACUUCUCCAAAAAGAACACCAAACAUUGGUUUUUUGUUUCCCCUAAAACACCAUCAGACAAAACCAAAACCAAAACCAAAAAAAUCCCUCCUUUUCAAUUAAUCAUGCUUUCAUGCAAUCCAUAAAUCAAAACCCAUCUCUAAUUCUCCAAAUCCUUUUCAAUGGCAUCUCCUUCUCUUAUGGACACCCUUUUUCAACGCAGUUUAGAUGACAUCAUCAAAGGUGUUCGUCAACAACAAAGUAGUACUGAAUCCAUUUUCAUAUCCAAAGUUAUUGAAGAAAUCCGUCGAGAAAUCAAAUCCACUGACUUGCAAACCAAAUCCACUGCCCUUCAAAAACUCACUUACCUGAAUUCAAUCCACUUUAUUGACAUGUCAUGGGCAUCUUUUCAUGCUAUUGAAUGCAUUUCUUCUCCUACUUUCUCUCACAAAAAGAUUGGUUAUCUAGCGAUCUCUCAGUCUUUCAAUGAAUCCACACCCGUUAUUUUGUUGAUUAGUAAUCAACUAAGGAAGGAUCUCAAGAGUAGCAAUGAGUUUGAGGUGAGUUUAGCUCUUGAUUGCUUAUCUAGAAUUGGAACUGUUGAUUUAUGUAGAGACCUUACGUCUGAGGUUUUCACUUUGAUGUCUAGUUCUAAAGUUUUUGUUAGAAAGAAAGGUAUAGGUGUUGUUUUAAGGCUUUUUGAGAAAUACCCAGAUGCAGUUAGGGUGUGUUUUAAGAAACUUGUUGAGAGUUUAGAGGGUAGUGAUUCGCAAAUUGUGUCUGCAGUUGUUGGUGUGUUUUGUGAGCUUGCUUCCAAAGACCCCAGAUCGUAUCUUCCAUUGGCACCUGAGUUUUAUAGGAUUUUGGUUGAUUCGAAGAAUAAUUGGGUGUUGAUUAAGGUGUUAAAGAUUUUUGCUAAGUUGGCUCCUUUAGAGCCUAGGUUGGCUAAAAGGAUGGUUGAACCAAUUUGUGAGCAUAUGAGAAAGACCGGGGCGAAGUCUUUGGUGUUUGAGUGUAUUAGGACUGUAGUCACUAGCUUUACUGAGUAUGAAUCUGCGAUGAAGCUUGCAGCUGCAAAAAUUCGUGAGUUUUUGAUGGAGGAUGAUCCAAAUCUUAAGUAUCUUGGACUGCAUGCCGUAUCUAUUAUGGCGCCAAAGCAUUUGUGGGCAGUUUUGGAGAAUAAGGAUGUGGUGAUCCAGUCUUUGAGUGAUGAAGAUCCUAAUAUUAAACUCGAGUCUUUGCGUCUAGUUAUGGCAAUGGCUUCAGAGAGCAAUUUAGUGGAAACUUGCAGGGUUUUGGUUAAUUAUGCACUCAAAUCUGACCCUGAGUUCUGCAAUGAAAUUCUUGGUUCAAUUUUAUCAACAUGCUGCCGGAACGUUUAUGAUGUUAUAAUUGACUUUGAUUGGUAUGUGUCACUUCUUGGGGAAAUGUCAAGGAUUCCAAAUUGCCAGAAGGGGGAAGAAAUUGAGAAUCAGCUAAUUGAUAUAGGUAUGAGAGUCAAGGAUGUUAGGCCAGAGCUUGUUCGUGUUGGCCGUGACUUGCUGAUUGAUCCAGCACUGCUUGGCAAUCCUUUUCUGCAUCGGCUGUUAUCUGCUGCUGCUUGGGUGUGUGGGGAAUAUGUAGAGUUCUCGAGGAACCCAGUUGAACUUAUGGAGGCAUUGCUACAGCCUCGUACUAGUCUCCUGCCUUCGUCAAUAAGAACAGUUUACAUGCAGUCUGCUUUUAAAGUCUUAAUCUUUUGUAUACGUUCUUACUUUUUGCAAAAGGAAGAAAUGACGUCAGAAGUUUCAGAUUUGGCUUCUAAAAGGGAAUGCUCAGAAAGUUCUGAUUUAGCAACAGACAAAGCUCUUGUCCAAAGUGAUCAGGAUGAAGGGUUCAAUCCAAGGGAAUCAAACCAAUCAUAUGAAGAUCCUUCUGUUUUAGAUACUGGGGUUGGACAGACAUCUACACCCGCAUUCAUGGAGGAAAAAAGUUUUAUGCAUGAAUCUAUUGUUAACCUGUUAAACUUGAUGGAAUUGGCGUUGGGUCCAUUAUCAGGCAGCCUUGAUGUUGAAAUACAGGAGAGAGCAUGGAAUGUGCUUGGAUUUAUUGAGUUGGUACGACAAGAAUUUUCUAAUCCACUGAUUCGAAAGGAAGCAAAUUUGGAGAGGGAAAAAGUGAUUGCUUCCAGAGUUGUUGAAUGGGUGCAUGAUGCCUUCUCUGAGGAGCUUGGUCCGGUCUCUGUAACUGCCCAGGAUAGAGUCCUUAUACCAGAUGAACUAGUGCUUAAGGAGAAUCUCACUGACUUGGAAGCAAUCUGUGGAGGUGUAGAAUUACCUUCACCUGGUUCCUUUUCUCUUACAAGUCCAUAUUAUGGAGAAAGUGCUGGUUUUUCCGUCUCUAACCUCCAAGGCGAAGAAGAUUCAGAACCAUCAACAGAAUCCACUUCCUUGCUUACAGAACACCGAAAGUGGCAUGGGUUGUAUUAUCUCCCUUCAGAAAAGAAUAAAAUUCUCGCAAAUGAUUACCCCCCUGCCAAUGACCCUAGUUCUGGCAUUAACACGAAUGAUGACACUGAAGAUUUAGUUAAGCUUGCAGACCAAUCACUAGUCUCCAAGAGAAAGCCAAACCAUGCAAAACCUAGGCCUGUGGUGGUGAAGUUAGAAGGAGGAGAUGCCGCACCUGUCGUUUCCAAGAAACCAGAGCUCAAGGAUGAUUUACUUUCUGGCGCUAUUCGUGAUAUACUUUUAGGUAAUGAAGCCAAAGCUGCCUCAUCACAAAGUAAUCCAUCUGAUAAGUCAUCCAGUAAGAGAAAAGGGAAGGCGAAGCAUGUUAUUCUACCUGACUCAAAAGAAAAUCUAGCUGUCGGAGAACAGCCCAAUCAUGAAAAUCCAAGUUCAAGGCGAAGCCAACACCGGGGUCAUGGUAAAGAGAAAAGCAAGAAAAGUCGAGGGAAGAAGAAUGGGGAUGGAAGGGAAGAUGAUGGGGAGAAAGAAAGAGAGAAGAUUAGAGAUCACCAUGGUAGACACAAAAGUCGACAAAGAGCUGAUGCACCUAUAAAUGUGGUUGCACAAACACCGGAUAUUCCUGAUUACCUUUUAUAGCAUUAAUUGUUCAGAUCAGUGCUGCUGUUAGUGACUGCUGAAGAGAAGUUGUUUGACUUCGUCCGUCCCAUGUAUUCAACCACCUUGAAUGCUAAGUUUGGUUUCAUUUUUUGGGUGUA